AUGGACAAGCUCAAGGCUCUCUUCAAGCGCAAGAAGGACAAGGAGAGCACCACUGCUGGUACGAAGACAGAUACCAAUGGUACUGCUGCUGCAGUUCCUAAGCCCACAGCUACAGACACCGCCGCUGCGCCUUCGACCAGCGACCCAGCCGUCCCUCCUGCUGGCGCUGCCCCAACCGACGCUGCAGUCGAUAAGCCGGCUGACCCUGCGCCGGCGAACACUCCCGCUGCCACGUAG